ACACCUGACGGCAGUGGGAGCAGCUGUAGUGUUGGCAGUAAUAAUCCUGGUUAACGCUCUGAUUUUAAACUUUGUUUUAUCUGGUGAGGAGAAACAUCAACCUUACAAUAUGUCCGCCUCUACACAAAGAGCCACACCAGAAAAGGGCCAGAUUUUGACACCAUCUGGAGAGGACCAUCUGGAAAAAGUGCAUCAGUGUAAACGAGAGAACCAAGACCUGAAUCUGAUGCUGCAGACGGUCAUUAAGGACUCCAGGUGCAGUUUGUGUCCCACCGGCUGGCGCUGGUGGAGGAGCCACUGCUACUUCUUCUCCAUCCAGCAGGAAGAAGACCUGAAGUGGAAYGAGAGCGCCGAGUUCUGUCAGCGACACAGCAGCAGCCUGGUGGUGAUCRAAGACUCUGCAGAGAUGGAUUUUCUUCAAAGAGAGAUGAGUGAAUUCCCCCGUUUUCCUUUCCCAUGGGUCGGACUGACGGACUGCCAGGAGGAGGGACAGUGGCUGUGGUGGGACGGGACGGAUGUCCAACAUUACUUACCGUCUGCGACUGUGGAGUGGGACACAGAGGAGAGGGACUGUGCAGACCUGAGGGCCGGUGGGACUCUGUUUGCUGCAGAAUGUGACGUUUACGGACCCUGGGUCUGUAAAAAACAAUCCUGACCCCGUGCGUGUUUGUGAACAUCUGAAGUCUUCGAGUUGUAGGAAAAGUAAGAAUGUGUAACAAAAGAGUUUAGAAGUUUCAACAACAAGUUGUUUGUAGGAAGUUUAUUCUGAAAGUGCAGUAUAAAGUGCAUGUAUGACGAAGCAGAUUAUGUCUAAUAAAAGCUUCUAAGAGACAA